CUUUGAAUAGGCUAUAUGGGUAACUGCGAACUAGGCUAUUUUGUGUGGCAGAAUCCCAGUUUGUCGACUUUGCCAACCUCUAAUGUCAGAAAUUGCUACCAACAGGAGGGAUUGUCCCAUGAAGAAAAGGAGGAAAUUACAGACGCAUACACACAGGAUGACCAGGAGGGAUUGUCCCAUGAAGAAAAUGAGGAAAUUACACAGACACACACACAGGAUGACCAGGAGGGAUUGUCCCAUGAAGAAAAUGAGGAAAUUACACAGACAUACACACAGGAUGACCAGGAGGGAUUGUCCCAUGAAGAAAAUGAGGAAAGUACACAGACAUACACACAGGAUGACCAGUUGGCUGAACUGAAGCAGGAAUGUGCGGCCAGGGGCCUGGACAUCAAAGGGAACAAAGGGGAGCUGAUCGGCCGGCUUCAGGCGUAUCUGGAGGAGCACGGAGAUGAAGAGAUGAAUGAGGAAGAGGUGUUGGGAGAAGAGACAGAGAGCGUAAUUGGAGAUGAAGUCCAGAUCUUGGAGGAUCUUCCAAAGGUGGUGGAAUCUCCGAAGCAGAGCCCGGUGAAGGCUGGGGAAGCCUCCCCUGAUCAGGAUGCUGUGAAGGUGGUGAAAAUUCCUCAGGCAUUGUCUGUGGAGGAGAAGAUGAAGAAGAGGGCUGAGCGCUUUAACCUGACCGGAGGGGACAACAAGAUGGCCGCCCGCGCUGCCAGGUUUGGCUUGCCUGUCGUGUCACCCACUUCCACACAAGGCACCUCUGCGAACAGCAAACCAGCAGUGGACGUGGACACCCUGAAAAAACGGGCCCAGCGGUUUGGGAUGAACGUUUCCUCCGUCUCCAAGAAGGUGGAGGAUGACGAGAAGCUGAAGAAGAGGAAGGAAAGGUUCGGCAUCCUCACCAGCGCCGCGGCCGUGGGCCCGGACGACGCAGAGGCCAAGAAGCGAAAGAGGGCCGAGCGAUUUGGAAAUGUGUAAAAAUUGCAGUUGUCUCUUCUUUUAUACCCUUUUCUAAGAAAUGUUUUUGCUUUGUAUUUUUGAACGCGUUCUUUUCAUUCCCGAUAAGCGGCAAAGCAGCUCAGGGGCUUGUGUUUAUUCCGGGACUGAACACCCUGUCGCAGUUUGUAAAUUAAAGGUGGUUCCAUGUUUUUCAAA